UAUCUCACCUGUUCUUAUCAGUUCUAGUCCGAGAAUUUUUACCGACUUACCGUGUUUUAUUUUAUUUUUUUAUUCCAUUUCGUAUAGUCUUUUGUGAGUGAAAAAAUUCAAGCCUCGAGUCUUGGAUUCUUCGACGAUAAAUUGAGGACAAUGAGUGAUAACGUUAUCUGGCUAAUGAUUCCACCCACGACGAUCUACGAGAUUAUUACUCAUUAUUGCUCUCAUCAAAUUGAAGCUGAAAAUAUGAAACUGUUGGUGUAGGCGUACACGAGCUGGGAGGUGUUUUGUAAUUUGAUGGAACCCCUUUCAUGAACAGCUGUGAGGUCAAAAUUAAUACAUUUUGUUCGGAUCACCUAACAUCUUAUCUUUUUGACUGAUGUGUUUCAUCAGCCAUCCACGCUCGUGUACCAGAGACCUAUCAUCUUCAUCUGUCUAUGACCUACCUCAACCUUUUACUGAACAAAUUAAUCAAAUGAACGAAUAGGCUAUACGGUUGCCAUCGACUGAUCAUUUACCAAAACCAAAUACUGAAAAAAUUGUGCUUGAAGUUGUUGGAAAUAUUGCCAAUUGUUGAACUUGAUGUACUGCUACUUUUGUUCUAGUCUAUGAUGACGAGUAACAUAACGGUAAUGAAAAAUGCACUCCGUCAAGAUAUCAAAAAAACCUUAUCGCUGAUGAGUACCGAAGAGAAAUCGUCGCAAUCUAAUUACGUGACUGAUAAGCUUUUACAACAUCAGAAGUAUUUAUUGGCAACCAGAAUUGGAAUUUAUCUCAGUUUACCGGAUGAAAUUCAGACGGAUAAUAUUUUAAAACACAUGUUCGGUGUUGGAAAAAUAUGCUUUAUACCCAGGUACAAUUCCGAUUCGAUGCAAAUGAUAAGACUGAAUAGUUUCGAAGAAAAAAAUACCCUACCGAAAACAAAAUGGAAUAUUCCACAGCCUUCUGAAAAUGACAUUCGAGAAGAAGCUCUUCACUCUGGUGGUUUAGAUCUUCUAAUUGUACCUGGUCGAGCAUUCACGAAGAAUGGUUAUCGUUUAGGUCGUGGCAAAGGAUAUUACGAUAAAUAUUUAAACGAUUAUUUCGUAAAGAAUAACAAAGAACUGCCUUAUACGAUCGGAUUAGCUUUUAGUCAACAAAUUGUCGACGAGCUGCCAACUACUCCUGAAGAUUUUACAUUAAAUGAAGUGAUAUGUCCCGAGAACGUGUAGUUUUUUUUUAUUAAUAUUUGUUGUUUUCAUUUUUUGAAUAAAAUUUUGAUUUUUUUUUCUUA